AUGGAGAAUCGGUGGCCCGGAUCCCGGCAGGGCGAUGAGGGGGGCAAUGCCCACCCAGAUCUGCGCAACUUCCAGUUCACCUUCGACCGCUCGUCCAUGUUUGGCGGGGCAGAGAACUUCAUUGAGCCCGAUCCCCUAUUUGGACCGCUAAGCGAGUCGGCGUCCUUGUCGGACAGCGUGCAAAACUUCCCCGAGGAGUUUGGCCGCACAUAUCAUGCGUAUCGAGCAGGCUCAUACGCCUUUCCCAACGACUCCCCGGAGCAAGAGCGCCUGGUACACCAAGGGCAGAUUCUCAAGAGACUCUUCAAAAACAGGCUCUAUUUUGCCCCCCUCUCUCGGUCAAAACCGCCGCGGAAUGUCCUCGAUGUGGCUACGGGCGUGGGCGACUGGGCCAUUGACAUGGGCGACUUAUUUCCUAACUCGCAGGUGAUCGCUACAGAUCUAUCACCCAUCCAGCCAGACGAGGUGCCGCCUAAUGUGAAAUUUUACGUUGAGGACUCAUCAGACCCGUGGGAGUACUCACACCAGUUCGAUUAUAUACACACGCGGGCUACUUCAGGCUGCUGGUCCUCGUUCGAGAAGGAGGUUGUUGAGCAAGCUUUCGCCACUCUUGAUCACGGCGGCUGGUUUGAAGCUCAAGAAUUCGACUGCAUCGUUACCUCUGACGAUGGCACCCUCGAUCCUAACGGCCCUUUUGCGAAGUGGCUCAAUGAGCUAACUGUCGCUGCGGAGACUCUUCAUCGCCCUAUUGUUUUUGGCACUACUCUCAAAGAGGUAUUUGAACGUGUCGGCUUUGUCGAUGUACAACAGCGCAUCUUCAAGCUACCAAUUAACGGAUGGGCCAAGGACGAGCGGCUCAAGGAAUUGGGAAGGAUGUGGGAGAGGAAUCUUACGCAGGGCCUAAGCGGCUUCUCCUUCCAGCUUCUCAACAGGGCAUAUGAUCGGCCUGCCACGGAGAUUGAGGUAUCCCUAGUUGACGUGCGGCGGGAGCUUGCUGAUCCGCGCAUACAUGCCUAUAUACCUGUUUUCGUCGUAUGGGGGAGAAAACCAUAUCCUGGAGAAGUACCCGUUCCCACACCGUGCUUCCAGUGA